AUGGGGAGCACAUCGUCUAAGCCCGCCCGCCAUCUUCCACGGACAGUUAAACCAACAUGGGCGGGUGCCCGUACGCCGAAUCCAGGCGAGGCGCCGCAUGCAAGGCCAAGCAUUCCUCGAGCAAGCGAGACGAAAAAUGAAGCGAUCGAGAGGGAUGCCAGGGACCCGCAGUUCAUGGCCAACCUCAGCAAGCUGGGACAGGUUAGGGUCGACCACCAUAUGCAGACAGUGCGGCCAGACGCAGAACGCAUUCAGGGCGUCUUCCAGACUCGCCUGCGGUCUGAAGUCGAGGCGAGCUCAGCGCGGUCAACACACAACAAGCUCGUCGCCGGCUCUCUGCAGGACCUGCUGCAAGAGCGCAAGUCCUUGACUUCGCGCGACGAGCUGCACAAGCUCGCACAGCGCUACGACGUCGAUCCUGACAAGCUAGAGAGCAUCGCGCGCUUCGUAAAUAGCCCCAGUAUCGACGAGGGCUCCAUCAAACGCACCAUUGGUGAAGAUGGGGCGGAAACUGUUACCAUGAAGGCUAUAUGGGUUGACCCGAGUCUGCGACAGCCUCCGUCGGCGCAGCUAACAUCCGGCUAA